GAAGCGGAGUGCCCCCAGCGAGCGAGAGAGAGAGAGAGAGAGAGCGUGGAGGGGGGCGGGGAGGGGGAGGCAGUGUGUGAGAGAGUAUCCAACUAUCAAGCCCUCAGUCAUUCAGCUCUCGCGGAGAGGAAAAGAAACUCCAACGGGAUAGGCUGACACUUAAAGUAGCAGUCGGUGCUUCGGAGAGUGUGUUUUUGUUUCAGCUACAAACGCCACAUAGCUUUUAAUGGUUGAAUUCGUUUUUGAGCGGUGACUUUUUCGUUUCUUUCUGCAUCUGUGGAUAAUACCGCUCAUUCAUAAAAAAAAUGCUCGAUGCAAAGAGACAGUAGAUUCUGAACUCUCAACCGAGGAAAUCUUUUUUAGAAAAUUGCAAACAUAACAUUACAUUAACAAUCGAUUGCAUGUCGAAGUUUGUUGUUCGUUUUUAAUCCGUGACGGUAGAUCCUGCACUCCACUUUUUUUAUUGUUGUAAUCUUUGGAGUAGAGUCUCCGUGCAUCUCCGAAGCGAGUGUUUGACAGCCGCGUGAGGUGGAAGAAAGCACGGCGAUUGGAUGAGAGAAGACUCCCCUGGAACAACGAGUCUCGGCUAAAGGGGAAGACGUCCCGGGACGCGCCGAGCGGAGGGCGAGGGACACAGAGAGAAAGAGAGAGAGAGAGAAAGAGAGAGAGAGAGAGAGAGAGAGAGAGAGAGAGAGAGAGAGAGAGAGAGAGAGAGAGAGAGAGAGAGAGAGAGAGAGAGAGAGAGAGAGAGAGAGAGAGAGAGAGCAUCCUCCCACCCUCCCAUACAAAGGCACGCACGCGAACACAGAGGUCGCCUCGGCGCGCUUCAGAAUGGAUCACCCACCAAUCAGAGGCUUGUCAGAUGUACCGUGAGAGUUGGGAGCCCCCCUGCUGUGGCCAACACCCGGUCCCCAGACCCUGCGUCCCCCCCCGCCCGCCUUCAGGAUGGAUACCGCACGCUCAUUCCGGAUGGAGCUGGAGGGGCUGGACCUCCAGCAGGUCCAGGCCGUCCGCCCCUGUAACGACUACGUGGAGCGGCCCUUCAUCCGGGAACCGGCCUUCCACGAAGAACGCCCCUUCGGACAAGCCCCCGUCCUGCGCCAAGCUCUGCCUCGCAGCCAGAGCCACAACCAAGCCAGCUACGGCCAUCGCCUCAGCCGCUCCAGCACCGUCAGCUCCUCCAUGUCCCGCAACAGCGCAACAGCGCUGAUGACUCCCUCCCAGUCCGGCCUGGCCAGAGUGGUGCGCUCUCAGCCCAAGGGAGAACUCAAGCCCCAGGCUUCGCUGGGUAAAGUCCGGACGGAGGCCGAGCUGGAGGCCGAGCUGGAGGCCGAGCUGGGCGUCCACAUGUUCAUCUGCGAGCGCUGCGGCCGCUGCAAGUGCCAGGAGUGCUGCGCCCCGCGCGGGCUGCCCUCCUGCUGGGUGCUGGGCGAGCGCUGCCAGUGCUCGGCCGAGUGCGUGGCGGAGUACGCCACGUGCCUCUGCUGCGUCAAGGCCCUGUUCUACCACUGCUCGGCCCAGGACGACGAGGACACCUGCGCCGACCGGCCCUGCUCCUGCAGCUCGUCCAACCGCCCGGCCCGGUGGGGCGCCAUGGGACUGCUGUCGCUGUGCCUGCCCUGCCUCUGCUGCUACCCCCCGGCACGGCUGUGCCUUGCCCUGUGCCGGUGCGCCCACGACCGGGCCACCCGGCCUGGAUGCCGCUGCAGGAACACCAACACGGUGUGCCGCAAGAUCUCGGCGUCGAGCCGCGGGUACCCAGCCCUGCGCAGCAAGUCGCUGGACAAGCCUUUAUGACAGGCGGAGGUCUGAAUCACACCGCGCUUCCCGCUUUUUUUGUUCCGUGCAGGGCGUCGCCGUGACGACGGACGUCCCGUUGACCCGACCAAGACAAUCACCCUGAACCUCGUGCCGUUCGCCUUCGUCGUGUUCCUAACGUCUUCCUGUUCUCCGACCGUGGAGGGACCAAAGCUUCACUGUGCCUGUUCCUGUUAUCGCCUAAAAACAAAGAACAAAAAAAAAAACGAAAACCGACAAACAAGAAAAAAAACUAGGGUGC